AUGCAAGAUGAAUCACUCUUGUUCAUAGAGGUCGGAGCUGCUUUGGGCGUAAUCGCUCUUACUUCGGUUCCGGCCCUCACAGGACUCGUCCAACAACUUCGAUCCCGCAAACCCAAGGACCACUUCUACGAAGACAAGGACGGAAAAGCCACGGCCGAGUCAUCUGCCGCCUUUUCCAACCGCUGGCCCAAGACCUUCAUCUUCUUAUUCGCCUUCCUGGGUCUGGCCGUCUCCUUGGCAAACUCCAUUUUGGCGACGCUCUCACUUCACACCGGUAACUAUGACAAUUUAUUCAUUGCAGAAUGGCUUUCAACUGGUAUUUCGAUUCUUUUAGCCUUCCAAGCCGUGGCCAUCGCUGCUUCAAAUGACUCCGUCCAGGCCUACAGCCUCGGCUUGUGGCUCUGGCUUUCCGGUUUGAUCUUUGCUGGCAUCCAGAUCUUGCAGGACACCAAGGUGUUUGAUGAGCUUCUGUCCAACAACCCCGUUUCCUUCGGCCUCAAACUUGCGAACCUGGUCCUCACUCUGGGUCUCAUUGUGACGAGCGUCACUCUGCCCAGGAGACCGGAUGUCUACUUCGAGAACAGAAUUGUCGACCGCCUUAGGACGGUCCCUGCCUACAGCCGCUUCACCUGGGGCUGGUGCAGCGGAAUCAUCGACCUGGCUACCAAGAAGAAGGAUCUUGAUGCGUCUGACCUGCCUAAGCCGGACCACUGGACCCGUUCUGAAGACUCGGCUGCGUCGUGGAAGUCGUACAACUUCAAGCCCGAUUCCAGCCUGUGGUGGUCCAUCAUUUGGGCCUACCGCGUGCCUCUAUUCGUCCAAUGGUCCAUUGCUAUUUCCAAGGCCUUCUUGAGUCUUGCCCCGUCAUGGAUCACGCUACAAAUCCUUGAGACCCUUCAACGUAGAAAGCCUGGCGAAGACCUCCCUGCCGAUAUCUGGAUCUUGGUCUUUUGGCUUGGUCUGGUUAUUCUGGCUGAUGCCUGGGUUGAGGCGACCAUGUUCUGGCUGUCUUGGGCCGAGCUCUGCAUUCCCCUCAGAGGCGCUCUCUCUGCCCUCAUCUUUGAGAAGUCGAUGCGCAGGAAGAACGUCAAGGCGGCCUCCAAGCAGGAAGCCGAAGAGAAGGAGGACGAUGCUAAGCCAAAGGAUGACAAGAAAAAGAAAGCUGAUGAAGAAGAGGCCGAAGACGACAACGUGCUCAAGUCGAAGCAAGCCAUCAUCAAUUUGAUUGGCGUCGACGCCAAACGCAUUUCCGAUUUCGCCGCCUUCCAAUUCCUCUUCCCAUCCAGCGCUGCCAAGCUCCUCGUCGCCAUCUGGUUCCUCGUUUACUUGCUUGGCUGGGGACCCCUCGGUGCCGGGUUGCUCGCGUGGGCCAUCCUUCUUCCCAUCAACUUCUCGUACGCCAAGGUGUACUCCAAGGCUCAGGAUAAGCUCAUGAAGAUUCGUGAUCAAAAGCUGGCCGUCGUCAACGAGGCCCUCGUAGGCAUGCGCCAAAUCAAGUUUUCCGCGCUCGAGCCUCAGUGGGAGAAGCGCAUCCUGGCCAUGCGAGAGAAGGAACUCGGUGCCCUGUGGCAGGUUUUCAAGGGUGACACCGUCCUCUUUGGCAUGUGGAUCACCAGCCCCAUUGCCCUGGCCGCCGUUUCCCUAGCUGUGUAUGCAUGGCUCAACGGUACCUUGAUCCCAUCUGUUGCCUUUGUCAGUAUCGGUGUUUUCAAGAACCUCGAGGUUACUCUCGCCGUCCUUCCCGAGCUCAUUACCGAUGUCAUCGAUGCCAAUAUCUCUGUCAAGAGAAUGCAGGACUACCUGAACGGGCCUGAGAAGACCAAGACUGUGACCGAGGGAUCUGAUGUUGCCUUUGAGAACGCCACUAUCGCGUGGCCUGUCGACGACGAGACUAAAGACGAGGACAGGUUCAUCCUUCGCAACGUCGAUGUCACUUUCCCCGCUGGCGAGCUGUCCGUCAUCUCUGGCAAGACCGGUACCGGUAAGAGUCUGAUGCUGGCUGCCGUCCUUGGCGAGUCAGAUCUCUUAUCCGGCACAAUCUACGCGCCGAAGCCACCCUCGAUCAAAGAGAGAAACGACGACAAGGCCAACCGUGGCAACUGGAUUAUCCCGAGCAGCAUUUCAUUCGUCGGCCAGAUUCCGUGGAUCGAGAAUGCCACACUCAAGAGCAAUAUUCUUUUCGGACUCCCCUUCGACGAGGAGAGGUACAACCAAACGAUCGAGGCAUGCGCCCUGAAGAAGGAUUUGGAAAUGCUUGCAGACGGUGACAGAACCGAGUUGGGAGCCAACGGUAUCAACCUGAGUGGCGGUCAGAAGUGGCGCCUCACCCUCGCCAGAGCCAUCUACUCUCGUGCCGGCAUUCUUGUCCUCGACGACAUUUUCUCCGCUGUUGAUGCUCAUGUCGGCCGUCACAUCUACGAAAAGUGUCUCACUGGCGAUCUCUGCCAGGGCCGAACCCGAAUCCUCGUUACUCACCACGUCGCUCUCUGCGAGCCCCGGACCAAAUUCAUCGUUGAGCUAGGUGACGGCACUGUCCAGCACUCCGGCUUCCUGUCCGAGCUGACUGAGGAUGGAACGCUCCAGAUGAUCAAGAGCCACGAGCAGACUUCCCAGGAGAUUGCGGAUGAGGAGGCCACUGCCGUCAAUUCCGAAGAGGCCUCUGAUGUUGAGAUCCCCGAGGUUGCUGAGCUCAAUGGAGAUGGCGGUAUCUUGAAGAAGGUGCCCUCAAAGGCUGCACGUGCGUUUGUCGAGGACGAGGCUCGCGAAAAGGGCUCCAUCAAGAAGCAUGUCUACGCUGCGUACUUGAGCCAGAGUGGUGGCUUGCCCUGGUGGGGCUUCGGCUUCCUUCUUUUUGUCAUCUAUCAAUUCGUCGUCAUUGGACGGUCAUGGUGGCUUCGAAUCUGGACUGGAACAUCGGAGCAAUCCAUCAAGACCUUCAGCCAGCAACCGCAACACCAAUACGCCUACGCCUUCACCCUUCAGCACAGCGAGCUCCACGUGCCAUCCAACGAAACCGUCAGCAUCAACAUGGACAAGGACACCAUGUUCUACCUGGGUAUUUAUGUCGGUAUCUCUGCCUUCUCCGCUAUUCUCGGUACAGGCCGUUUCUUCUACUUCUUCGUGAUGAGCUACAAGGCCAGUCGCCGCAUGUUUGAGGGUAUCACCAGAACCGUGCUCCGCACCCCGCUCCGAUGGCUCGACACCGUUCCCACCGGCCGCGUGCUCAACCGUUUCACCGCCGAUUUCAACGUCAUUGACAACAGGCUCGGCAUGGAUCUCUCUGGCGUCUUUGGCGCCUUCCUCAGCGUCAUUGGAAUUUGCGUCACCGCCUUCUACGUCUCGCCGCUCAUCAUCCCCCUGGCCUUUGUCCUGCUUCUCAUUGCCGUCUGGAUCGCCAUGCGCUACCUCGCGGGCGCCAGACCGGCCAAGAGACUGGAGAGCACGACAAAGUCUCCCAUCUUUGACCUCUUUGGUUCCACCCUCGUCGGCAUGAUGACCAUUCGCGGUUCCGACAAGGCCCAAACGUACAUCGAUUCCAUGUACUCCCGCCUCGAUGACUACGGCAUGGCCUCCUGGCACCUGUGGCUCUUCAACCGCUGGAUGGGCUGGCGCAUGUCGCUCAUCGGGGCCAUGUUCUCCACCGCCGUCGGCUUCGUCGUCCUUGGCAGCCCCUCGAUGGGCGCCGCCCUCGCCGGUUUCACGCUCUCCUUUGCGCUCGAGUUUUCUCAGGCCAUCGUCUGGUCUAUCCGCCACUACGCCAACAUUGAGCUCGACAUGAACGCCGCGGAGCGCGUCGUCGAGUACUCGGACCUCAAGACCGAGGACCAGGGCGGCAUCGAACCCCCCGCGACAUGGCCUACCGAGGGCAAGCUCGAGGUCAAGGACCUCGUUGUGAGCUACGCUGAGGACCUCUCCCCCGUCCUCAAGGGCCUCACCUUCAGCGUCAAGAAGAACGAGCGCAUCGGUGUCGUCGGUCGCACCGGAGCCGGCAAGUCCUCCCUCACCCUCGCCCUCUUCCGCUUCCUCGAAGCCCGCUCCGGCAGCAUCUUCGUCGACGGCGUCGACAUUUCCAAGAUCAAGCUCCACGAGCUCCGCUCCCGCCUCGCCAUCAUCCCCCAAGAUCCCGUCCUCUUCUCCGGCUCCGUCCGCUCCAACCUCGACCCCUUUGACAACCAGACCGACGCCGACCUCAAGGACUCGCUCCAGCGCGUGCACCUGGUCGACUCGAACCCUUCUACGCCCGGCGAGCCUUCCUCCAGCGCGGCGCCCUCUGUGAACGACCAGCAAAAGAACGUCAACGUCUUCCGCAACCUAAAUUCCCCCAUCUCCGAGGGCGGCGGCAACUUGUCGCAGGGCCAGCGCCAGCUCCUCUGCCUCGCGCGCGCCAUCGUCUCGCGCCCCAAGGUCAUGGUCCUCGACGAGGCGACCUCGGCCGUCGACAUGACGACCGACGCGCUGAUCCAGCGGUCCAUUCGCGAGGAGUUCAACGACUCGACGCUGAUUGUCAUUGCCCACCGCCUCAGCACGAUUGCCGAUUUCGACCGCAUCUUGGUCCUGAGCGACGGCGCCGUCGCCGAGUACGGGAGCCCGCAGGAGCUGUGGGGUAAGGAGGGCGGUGUGUUUAGGGGUAUGUGCGAGGAGAGUGGUGAGAAGGAGAAGUUGAAGAACAUCAUCUUUUCUUAG